AUGUCUUCUCCUCCUCACCCAGCCUUUCUCACCUUGGGUACGCACAAGGACCUGAAAACUUGGACACGGGCUGGCUUCGCUUUUCAACGGAGUAAGGUCCAAACGUACAAAAAGCUCUUAUCGGCAACGUCCUCUUCUCUGUUUUUAGGCUGUACCCGCUUCCUUUCUACAGCCUGUCAUCCAGCUACCAAAGGGAUGGUCGGGUUCUUCCACUGCCAGCUGAAGGCAUCCCUAUGCACCACAGGCGAUCCGGAUAACUGGACGGAGCAUCAUUCCCUGGUACUGUUGAGCAUCCGUUCCUCGCUCAAGCCGGACCUUGACGGUUGCGACACCGAACUGGUAUUCGCGCCACUCUCUGACUUGCCGAAGACUUUCUCGGACGAUGCCCCCGAUUCCGCCCAGUCACACCAUCUCCAAGUCUUAUUUCGAAAAAAAUACUUGGUGACCCGCUCUGAUGUGUUUUUGCAAAGUGAUCGAGUGCGCCAGCCACUGGAACCUCCUUACGAAGGUCACUCAUGGGUUGUAUCUGAAGGUUUGAAGAUCUUCCGCAUCCUUCGUGGAACAUGUGAAGAAGUUGUGAGUGUGAACUGCCUCAAAGUUGCUGUCCCGAAAAUUCUGCCGGACAAGCCCUGUAGUUCGCUCUCCUCGUUUCCCUUGCUCCCCGACCCUCUUUCCACCCAUCCUAUCUGCUCCAUCUUCCACCAUGACUACUACCAUCGACGGCUAUCCCUUCCUCGUAAAGUUCUAAUACCCCAACGAAAAGCCAGUCUUGCGCUGCGCUUCCUGCAUAAAUUGCUUACAAUGAGCGCCACAUUCACUUCCCUGACCGUCUAG